AUGUCAGCCAUAACGAGAUGUUCUCGCCUUCAACCAGCCUCGAUCAGGCUAGGCUUGUCACAGUCGCAGCGCCGGUUUGUAGGUGCUGAGGCCACGGCAUCUGCGCGCAAAGAGGGCGAUAUUUCAUCCGUUUUCAGGUCCCUCUCCGGCGCCGGUGACGAGGUAUUGCCCACGAGGUUUGCCGACGUCAAGAGGGCACUCCUCCGUCGCAGUCCAAGCAGAGAAGUCCUUCAUGCGAGCUGGGAUCGUCUCCUGGAGCGUCUCAGGGUUGAGACGGAAGAAAUCAAGGCCAAUAGAAACAUUAUUGUGCCCGAGAUUUCAUUCUCUGACUUGGCAAACCCUUCAUCUUCCUUUAACGAGGCAUUCCGAAAACGAGGUGUUGCCGUCGUGCGCCAGGUCGUACCAGAAGAUGAGGCUCGUUCCUAUAAGACCGAAGUAGAAAAGUACAUUGCCGCGAACCCUUCUACGAAAGCCUUCCCUCCUCAUGACCCCCAGGUCUUUGAGCUGUACUGGUCCAAGUCUCAACUAGCGGCACGCUCUCAUCCCAACAUGCUCAAGACGCAAAAGUUCCUCAUGUCGUACUGGCACUCGAAAGACCCUCAUGCAGAGUUCUCGUCUGACCAACCCCUUACGUAUGCCGAUCGUCUCAGGAUCCGUCAGCCUGGCGACGCUGGCUUUGCAUUGGGCCCGCAUGUCGACGGCGGCAGCGUUGAGCGAUGGGAAGAUGAUGGCUACGGCAGGGGCCACGUCUACGACAAGGUCUUUGAAGGCUCCUGGGAGGAAUUCGAUCCCUGGGAGACAAGCACGCGGCUUGAUGCUGUCUCCAACCUGUACAAUGGCGCCGGUUCAUGCUCCAUGUUCCGAAUGGGCUGGCUCAGCAUGUCACACACAGGCCCUAAAGAGGGAACUCUACUUGUCAACCCCCUUUUCAACCUCGCCACCGCAUACUACCUCCUCCGGCCAUUCUUCACAUCCAAGACACUGCCGGCUCAGGACUCCGUCACUGGCGAGGGUGAGCAGGUGUACCAGCCUGCGUUUCUGGAUCCGAGCAAUUGGAAGUUGGAAGACACAGUCACGUCGACCCUCCAAGGCGCUUGGCCCGGGAGCGGCCAAGAGCUCAACCACGGCUGGCACCCCCACCUGAACCUCCCCUUCACCAUGGUCCACGUCCCCCGCAUCAAGCCGGGUGAUUACGUCGCGUGGCACUGCGACACCAUCCACGCCGUCGACAAGGUGCACCAGGGCACGGGGGACUCGAGCGUUCUCUACAUCCCUGCGUGUCCGACCACGAGGCCGAGCCUUGACUACGUGAAGCGGCAGCGCGAUGCGUUCGAAGCUGGCAUUCCGCCGCCGGAUUUCCCGGGCGGUCUCGGCGAGAGCGAGCACAGGGGCAGGCCGGGUGUGCAGGACUUCAGGUCCAUGGCGGACGGUGCGGUGCGGAAAGCUGCCGGCUUUGCGGCGUUUGAUGCUGCGGCGUCUGCGACGCAGGCGGAAAAGGAUUUGUUGCAGUACGGGAACAAGGUUUUGGGGUUGUAG